ACUCGCGGGACCCGGAAGCAAUUCUCACUGACGCCUCGCUAUCCCGGAAGCAGACAGACUUGUGCUUUCUUUCUUCAGCCAUCUUGGAUCUGAACCCCUCACACAAAAUGCCUGGUGAAGCCACAGAAACCGUCCCAGCUGCAGAGCAGGAACUCCACCAGCCUCAGGUUGAGACGGCAAAUUCUCCCUCAGCCUCUGGAGAAGAGGCUGCUGCUCCUGCACAAGUGGCGGCUCCUGCUGCUGAGGAGAAACAAACUGUCACCCAGAAAUCCGAGGUGGCAAAUGGAGCUUCUCAGAUUGAGGCUAAACCGGCUGAAGCCUCUUUAGAGAAGUCAGCUACAGAUGCUAAGCCGCUUUCCUCUGGUGCUCCUGCACCUUCUCCUCCUCCUCCUCCUGUUCCAGCUCCAGAAUCUAGUCCUGCGCCUGUCAUAUCUCCUGACGCACCAGCAACAGAGACAAAAUCCCCACUUGCAGCAGAUGCACCCAGUGUUGAUAGUAAAGCAGCAGUUACAGAAACUGUUCCCAAUCCUUCUACCCCUGCAGUUUCAAAAUCUCAGGCUGCCAAACCAAAAGUUCCAAAAGCCAAUGUUCCCAAAUCAAAAGUUUCAGCUCAAAAGGCAAAAUCAUCUCCUGCAGUGGCUAAUACAUCCAUUGCUGAUGAUAAAGUUUCAGCUCCAAAAUCAAGCACCCCUCCCACUGAUGUUCCCAUAGCACCUGACACACCUGCUGCUGACUCCAAACCUCCAGUUCCAGACAUUGUUCCCCUUCCUACUAUCCCAGCAGUGCCAAAAGCCCCCGUUGCCGAAGAAAAGGUUUCAGCCACAAAGGAACAAUCUUCCCUAGCAGCAGCUGAUGCACCCAUCACUGAUAAGGCUGCAGCUCCAAAAUCCAGUUCCCCUCCUAUCAAUGCCCAUGUGGCAUCUGAUGUACCUGCUGCUGAUUCUAAAACUCCAGCACCAGACACCACUUCCCCUCCCCCAAGUGUUCCUGUUGUGACCAGUAUCCCUGUUGCUGAUAUUCAGGCCCCAGCUCCAGACACCAUUUUCUCACCUGCUAUCUCUUUUGAGUCGAAAGCUCCUGUUGCUAAAUCAAAGGCUUCGGCUCCUAAAGCAAAAUCUCCUCCUCCUGCAGUGACUGAUGUUCCAGUUGUUGAGAUUAAAGUUGCAGCUGCAGCCACUGUUCCCUCUCCGACUAUCCCAACAGUUCCAAACCCCCCUGUUGCCAAAUCAAAGGCUUCAGCCACAAAGACAGAGCCUCCUGCAGUGGCUGAUGCUUCCAUUGCUGACGGCAAAGCUUCAGUUCCAGGUGCUAUAUCUCAUGCUGCCCCCACGGCAGCUAAAGUUCUUGCUGCUGAUUUACAAACUUCAGCUAAUACAGCUGAGAAAGUACCUUCUCAAAUUGCUGCUCCUCAGCCUCCUGCAGAUCUAGUUCCUCUAAGCCCUGCAAAAGAGCUAACCCCUUCUUCUGCUUCGCCAGCCCAGGAACCUGUACCCUCUGUACCCCUUACUCCUCUUUCCCCAACUCUUACCUCCAAAACACCUGCACCUCUGCCUAUACCUGUUGAAGAGGACGACCUGCCACCUCUGAUUCCUCCAGAAGUUCCUGUUGAAGAGACUCCAUUUCAGCCUAUCCUGGUCGAUGUCAUUUCUCCAAAACCGGCCCACGCUCCUCCUGUCAAUGAGCCAGUGUUAAAGAACGAUAAGGGGUCUGGAACAGAGUCUGAUAGUGACGACUCUCCACCAGAGCUGGAACAGGACACACAAUCCACCACACAGCAGGCACAGCUUGCCGCAGCUGCAGAAAUAGAUGAAGAACCCGUCAGCAAAGCCAAACAGAGUAGGAGUGAAAAGAAAGCAAGAAAGGCUAUGUCCAAACUGGGGCUUCGCCAGGUCACUGGAGUCACAAGAGUCACUAUCCGAAAAUCCAAAAAUAUUCUUUUCGUUAUCACAAAACCAGACGUAUACAAAAGCCCAGCAUCUGACACUUACAUUGUCUUUGGAGAAGCCAAGAUUGAGGAUCUCUCACAACAAGCCCAACUGGCAGCUGCAGAAAAAUUCAAAGUACAGGGUGAGGCUGUAUCAAACAUCCAGGAAAACACACAAACUCCAACAGUACAGGAGGAGAGCGAAGAGGAAGAGGUUGAUGAGACAGGUGUGGAAGUAAAGGAUAUUGAGCUUGUUAUGUCACAGGCUAAUGUAUCCAGGGCGAAAGCUGUACGCGCUCUUAAGAAUAACAGCAAUGAUAUAGUAAAUGCUAUCAUGGAGUUGACGAUGUGAGGGUCUGCAGGAAGAUCUCCUUUCGUCUUGCUCGUGGGUCGGUGCAGCUGAAAUCGAGAUUUAUACUAUUUCUAUUGAUUUAAUAAAGUUGUGGCUUAUUGUUGGUGACUUA